ACACACACACACACACACAUUCAGACAGACAAACACACACACAUGUACUCACACACACACUUCAGGAAGUUAUUACUGUAUAGUGUGUGGGUCAGAAAUAGCCCUGAAGUGCCUGCCUGACUGGGAGUGACCUAGCCCUCCUCUCCUCUUGGCCCUGUCAAUCACAGCUCAAAACAAGAUGGCAGACUGGACAGGCUGGAGAUUUAUUUUAACAGUGUAUGUGACCAGUGUACUAGUGGUCAAGGCAGACAUCAAGGCUUAUACCCCUGUGGGACAGCUGUUUGUGUUCGAGCUGCAGAGAGAGGCCUUCCAGAAUGAAUUUGAACCCUUCCUGAAACACUAUGGGCGGGUCUACAAUGAUCCCAUGCUGUUUAAGUGCAACAUGCAGUCCUUCCCAGACCUGCCUGGCUGGCUUCGAUUUACCCAGAGGCACCACUAUGAUAACGGCUUCCUCUACGGCACCCCACUAGCCCAGGGAAAGAGUAUGAUAGAGAUCACAGUGACUAACAAACGGAGCUAUGACACAUUCAGAGACAGACUGAUCAUAACGAUUGACCCUCCAGCAAAGAGAAUGCCCUACCAGGCUGAGUUUUUCAUCCCACUAAGGGAGAUUGAGAAGGUGCUGCCCUCUACAGUUCAGGAAGAGAUCAGGCAGGAUAUGAUGAGGAUGUGGAAGACAGACAGGCUGGACUUUGUCAACAUCACGUCUGCGUUGGACCGAGGUGGCCGUGUCCCUCUACCUCUGGCUGGACACUACGAAGGGGUGUAUGUGAAGGUGGGUUCAGACCAGUACUUCUCUGAGUGCUUGUUGAGGCUCCAGACUGCUGAACAUAGGAGACAGUGUGAGGCCGGGGGCAGGGCUAAGAUCCCUGGGGACUGCAAGGUCUGCUCCUACCCAGGCAACUGUGUCACCUGGUGCAAGUCCACACUGAUUGAUCUGUCCAGACCAGUGAUCCCCCCUCCUGCCCCCACCAUGGGCCCAGGUAUCCUGGAUGCUGGGGGGGUCUAUGACCCUCCUGAGUCCCCCCCUCCCAGAGACUUCCUGCCAGACUACAUUGUGACUGUGAUCGUCCCCCUGGCUCUGGCCAUCAUCCUGUGUCUCCUACUGGCCUACAUCAUGUGCUGCAGACGAGAGGGAGUUGAGAGAAGAGAUGGAAAGACACCAGAUAUCCAGCUCUACCACCACCACACCAUCCAUGGUAACACCAGUGAGCUGCGGAGCAUGGCUGGGUGUCGUGGGGUCCCUCCUCCCCUCUCCACCCUGUCCAUGUUCAACGCUCGCACCGGAGAGAUGGCCCCACCGUUCCAGACUGACAGCCCCAGCAUCCCCCUCAUCCUGGCCCAGCAGGAAAUCAACACUGACACACUACCCAGGAAAUGAAGCUAUCCAAACAGGACAUACUGUACUCCCACUGAAUGUAUUAUGGGUUUGCUACUGGAUUUGAGAUGUUUUCUCUUCACAUUAUAAUUUCUUUAUCCUCUUUCUUGAUCACAUUAUACUUUGAUUACAAAUACUUUGGAGUGACUCCCCUUAUGGAAUAACCACAUGAAUUUCACAUGUGAAUGUUUGAAGUGUUCCAAAAAAACCACAUGUUUUCAUGUGAUCAAAUGUCAUGGAUGUGAAGUCAAUGUGAUAAAAUAUGACAACAUGUAAAGUAACAUGUGAUAACAUAAAGUUAAACAUGUGAAAACGUGAUCACGUAAAGUGUUCCAAAAACACAGUUUAAAUAUGAUUUCACAUGUGAAAUUUAUAGUGAAAUCAUGUGAGUUUUCUGUAAGAGUGAGUGUUGAGUGACUGUAGCCUCUGAACUUGUGUUAAACAUUUUUAUGCAUUAGUGGAUUUAAUUCAUUCUGCCAUAGGUUUGGACUAAUGGGGUGCAUUAUGCAUUUUUGAAAACAAAAUCCUUGGUAGAUAUAUAGCCUACAUGUAGAAGUAGAAUUAAUAUAUUGAAUGUUUUUCCUUAAUAAAACCCCUAACCAAC